UCCGGGUGGAAGGGGGGGGAAAGGGUCCUACAUUAAAAAGGGGCCGGUUGGAAACACCAACCCACAACAAAACCAAAUAUGAAGGGAUGAAAAAUCAAGGAAAGGACCUUGAAGCAAAGAAGGCCCAACAGACAUAAGAAGCCUGGCUUUUCAUUCCUUCUCCUCCUCUCUUUUCUCAGCGUGUCUUCUUCUCCUCCUUCUUGGGUGGCCUUCCUCUCCUCCUGGGAAUGUUCCCAAGAGGAGGUGGAAAAGCAUCUCGAAUCCAAUUUACCUCUUCAUCAAGCAGUGGUUCAAACAUGGAGAGACCCAGUUCACCUGGACUUGAAGCAGGUGGGGCAUCCUGGGGAAAAACUGCACAGAAGUUCCUGAAUGUGGAUCUUUCUAGCUCAGAAAUGCAGUGCCAGCGCUUCAGGCAUUCCUCCUUCCGAGAGGGUGAGGGACCCAGAGAGCUUUGCAGCCGCCUCCAUUCUCUCUGCCGCCAGUGGCUGAAGCCAGAGCAACACACCAAGGCGGAGAUGCUGGACCUGGUGAUCCUGGAGCAGUUCCUGAGCAUCCUGCCCCCAGAGAUGGGGAGCUGGGUCCGAGAGUGUGGGGCAGAGACCUCUUCCCAGGCGGUGGCCCUGGCGGAAGGCUUCCUCCUGAGUCGGGCAGAGGACGAGAAGCAGGAAGGACAGGGAGUUCAGUUAAUUUUCACUUCAUCGGACACCGCUCAAAGUCCCCAGGAGAAGAAGCUCAAGCAGGAGAGAGAUAAGGCUUUGGCCUUGCAGAAGGAUGGAAAGACGCUGACAGUAAAUCCUCAGCUGUCUCUUCCUGUUUCUUCUGGAAUGGGACCAAAUGAGGACCCUUUCACCUUUGAGGACGUAGCUGUCCAUUUCUCCCCAGCGGAGUGGGCUCUCCUGGGUGCUGAUCAGAGAAUCCUGCACACGCAGAUCAUGGAGGAGACCCAUGGGAUCAUAGCCUCUCUUGCAGUUAACUGGCAGAGGAGCAAUGCCAAGCACAGGAAGCAUUUUGGACACAAAGAGGAGCUUCCCACACACACAGAAGUCCAGACAGAAGAAGAAAGUUCUGCCAGAGAGAGGCCCUUCAAAUGCAAUGUAUGCGGGAAAUGUUUUGCCCAAAAGAUGGCCCUUGUGCUCCAUGAGACAUUCCAUGUUGGGAAAAACGAUUUUAAAAGCAAAGCAACAGAGAAAGGUGUCGAUUACAAAUUGUCAAAUCUGAGCCAACAAGAAAUCUUUGAAGGCAUUGAAGAUUUUGUGUGUCACGAGUGUGGAAAGCACUUUGCUUACAGAUCAGUCUUAAUGAUUCAUCAGAGAAUUCACACAGGAGAGAAACCAUACAAGUGUGAGGAGUGUGGGAAAUGCUUCACUCAGAGUUCCUCCUUUUUGUGCCACAAGAGGCUUCACACUGGAGAAAAACCAUUCCGGUGCGAAGAGUGUGGCAAAUGUUUUGCUCAGAGUUCGUAUCUUAUGAGCCACCAGAGAGUCCACACAGGAGAGAAACCAUACAAAUGCCAGGAGUGUGGGGAAUGCUUUGUCCGAGGUUCAUACCUUGUGAGCCACCAGAGGCUGCACACAGGAGAGAGGCCAUACCAUUGCCAGGAGUGCGGGAAGUGUUUUGCUCGCAGACCAGCCUUAGUCAAUCAUGAGAGACUCCACACAGCGAAGAAACCAUUUCCGUUUCAAGAUGAUGGAAAACGUAUUUCGCAAAAGCCAUCUCUUGUGACUCACGACAGACUCCACAUAGGAGAGAAACUAUACAAAUGCCAGGAAUGUGGGAAGUGCUUUGCUCAGAGUUCAUCCCUUGUGAGCCACCAGAGGGUCCACACUGGGGAGAAACCAUACAGCUGCCCAGAUUGUGGGAAAUGUUUUGCUCACAGUUCACACUUGGUGAGGCACAAGAGGCUUCACACAGGAGAGAAACCGUACAAAUGCCAGGAGUGUGGGAAAUGUUUUGUUCAGAAUGUACACCUUCUGUGCCACCAGAGAAUCCACACAGGAGAGAAGCCAUACAAAUGCCAGGAGUGCGGGAAAUGUUUUGUUCAGGGUUCAUACCUUGUGAGUCACCAGAAGGUGCACACAGGAGAGAAACCAUACAAAUGCCAGGAGUGUGGGGAAUGCUUUGCUCAGAAUGCACAACUUCUAGAACACCGAAGAACCCACUCAAGAUGAAAAAGUUUAGAAAUUUAUUUACUUAUUUAUUUCCAAUAUUUCUAUCCUGCCCUUCUCAACCCUCAAGGGGGACUCAGGGCAGCUUGUUGAAAUGCCAGUAGCAUGGAAAAUGUUUUGAUCAGGAAUUGUACCUUUUGAGUGAAUAGAGAUUGCACAUGGGUGAGAAAACAUACACAUGUCAGGAAUGGGGAAAAUGUUUGUUCAGGGACAUCUAGUGAAAUAUCAGACUCCUGAGGUAACUUACUUAACUUACUUAGGCAAUCCAUUGUAGCCCAAGGAUAAUGGUUCUCCAAGUGCAGUGUCUGACAUUUGCCUGUCUUCCCAAAAGAUUUGCAGGAUUUUUCAAAGGCAACGCUGAUAAAAGUAUUCCAGGAGUUGAGUGUGAUGUCUGUAGGCAGUCCACGUUUCGCAGGCAUAUAUCAGGGUUGGGAGGACUAUAGCUUUAUAAACAAGCACCUUGGUAUCCCUACGGAUGUCCCGGUCCUCAAACACUCUCUGCUUCAUUUGGAAAAAUGCUGCACUUGCAGAGCUCAGGUGGUGUUGUACUUCAGCGUCAAUGUUGACUUUUGUGGAGAGGUGGCUGCCAAGGGAGAGGAAAUGGUCAACAUUUUCUAAUGUUACACCACUAAGCUGUAUUUCUGGCAUUGGAGAGGGAUUGGCUGGUGACUGCUGGAAGAGCACUUUGGUUUUCUUGAUUUUCAACGAGAGGCCGAGCUUCUCGUAUGCUUCUGCAAAAGAUGUUUAGAGUGGCUUGUAGGUUUUCUUCUGAAUGCGCACAGACCAUGUUGUCAUCGGCAUAUUGGAGUUCUUUAACAUAUCUUCUUGUGAUCUUUGUUUUGGCUUUUAGUCUGCUGAGGUUAAAUAGCUGUCCGAUAGAUGAUUUCCAUUCCGGUGGGAAGCUUCCCAUCAAGUAGAUGAAAUAUCAUAGCGAUUAGGAUGGAAAAUAAGGUUGGGGCAAUAACACAUCCCUGUUUGACACCUAAUUCCACCUUAAAUGGGUCACUUUGGGAGCAUUCUUGAGAAUGCCUGCCAUAGAUGCAGGUGAAACGUCAGGAGAGAAUGCUUCUAGAACAUGGGCAUACAGCCCAAAAAACCUACAACAACCUACUGCUAAGAUGUUCACAACAUGUAUUCAUCUGACCUCUAGGUGAAAAAUCGAGUGGUAGAGAAGAUGCAGCCUUCAAAAUAAGACUGUUCCAUGUCACCAAUAGUUCUUUAGCAAUGAGAACUUCUUGCCUCCAGAGAAGAUUAGUAAUGGAGGAGAGUAUCACGUGGCUUUGUUGCUGCAGAACCUCACAGAAGAGGAGGAGGGGAAUACCCAAAGAUUAUGGAGCAAUUGAAGAGAAUGAAAGAUGAAUUGAUAUGGAGUAUUCCAGUAUGGUUUGAAUUGUAAGAAGUGGAGAAAUCCUUUAUUUCCUUAAUGCUUAGGCGACUUGGAUUUACAUAGUAUCCGACUCCGAGUUCAAAAGGUGGAUAUGUUUCCUGCACCCGUUUGUGUCUUCCUAUGUAAUGUGCAUUUUGAGUUACUCCGAUUUUUUUGGCUGUUUGUUUCAUUUUGAUUUUUUUUUGCAUAUUUGUGUACAAUGUACAAUUUUCUAUAUUAGUAUUUGAAUUUCCAUAGGCUAAGUCAGUGGUUCUCAACCUGUGGUUCUCAACCUGUGGGUCCCCAGGUGUUUUGGCCUACAACUCCCAUAAAUCCCAGCCAGUUUACCAGCUGUUGAAGGCCAAAACAUCUGGGGACCCACAGGUUGAGAACCACUGGGCUAAGUGAUAAUUUGAUCAGUUUCGUAAAACUUAAGCCCCUGGACCCUGUAUACUAAGAAAAUAAGUGUGUCUGUGUAGAGUAUAAAUCCAAAUUUAUAAUAAAUACAAGCUUACCAACUGG